CAUUGAAUAACCCGGACUGUUUGAUUGACGCAAGCGCACUGAGGCCCAACAAAGGGCCGAAAUAAGAACGGUUCGCAAGUGAAUCUGAUGUAUUUAUGUCAUAAAAAUGGUGAAAUCUGUGAAGUGGCGAGUAGAAAUUAGGAUAUUCGACGUGUCGAAUCAUGACCGAGGCAUCUGAAAAACCCCUACCGGUGCGCGUGCGUGCGCAGGUGAUGUGUCGCGACGAGGGCACCGGGGGAUGGGUCGCCCUGGGCGGCGGGGGGCUCGCCGACGUCAUGGUGGGCCGCCGGCCGUGCGCCAGGCCGCCGCACCGCGUGUCAGGCGAUGGUGAUAGCAACGGCGACACAACAUCUUCAUGCGCAAACGCACCUACGCACGAGUACUUUAUACAUGGAAAACGGAUCAGCGAUAAUAUGGUGGUCCUCGAAUGCACAAUACAGAAGGACUUUCAGUACAACAAGGUCAUGCCGACCUUCCAUCACUGGGUGACAGACGAGAAGCGGUUCGGCCUGACCUUCCAGACUGCGGCUGAUGCCAGGGCCUUCGAUAAGGGUGUACGCAGCGCCGUCGAGGAGUUAUUGGACGGUCUGGGUGGGGCGUGGCCGUCGCUUCACGCGUACACAAAACACAACCCAGCGCCCAAAGACGACGACGAGGAACAAAAUAUAUUCGAGUGCCUCAACCUGCCAACGGACUCUCGCUCGAGCUCGGAAAACUCGACCGCAACUCGCACGCGCCGGCGUACGGAUGACGAUCUCACUCAAACGCCGAUACUGUCCGCCAUUACGUUGCCGCGGCACCCGCUCACAGAUACAAUAAAACCAUACGAAGUUCAGUACGAGGAGAAAGCGGACGAUUCCGACCCCGAUAGGUGUCCUUACGUUCAUCUUUCAGCGAUACACGACUACACAUACCCACAGGUGGGUUCCGGCGUUAUCACCACGGAAAAGUCAUCGCCUAACCCUAAACCUCCGUUACUGAAGAGAGAUUCGGGGUCGAUAAAGAAAAUACACAGUUACAGCGCUCCACCUCCUUUGCCUGGCAAAAAAUCUACAGAGACGUUUCAAGCAAGAAUCAAAUGCAGGCACUGUCACGAAUGGUAUUUAGAGAGUGGAAAUCGCGCGGGUGCGUGUGAGUUCGCUCCGGAUUGUUUCCGCUCGUGUAUCGACCACGUGACUUGCAUCAAGUGCGCUCAGUGCAUGCUGUACCACUGCAUGUCGGACGCGGAGGGCGACUUCGCGAUGCAUCCGUGCGCCUGCGCAGCGCCAGACGAGGCUUGCGCUAAGAGAUGGUUGGGCAUAACGCUCCUCAGUUUGCUGGUGCCGUGCCUGUGGUGCUACCUGCCGCUGCGCUGCGUGCACCGCGCCGCGCGCGCAGCCCGCCUGGCGGGCGGACACCACGCGCCGCUGCACAAGUAGCGCCCGCGGCUCGUGCGGGCCUGCUGCCGCCUCGCUGACAUGUGUUGAGUGUUGUGGGCCUUCUGCGGUGGGGGCUGCGGCUACAGUGAGGUGGUGCGGGGCAGUGCUGACAAGUGUUGAGUGUUGUGGGCCUUCUGCAGUGGGGGCUGCGGCUACGGUGAGGUGGUGCGGGGCAGUGCUGACAAGUGUUAAGUGUUGUGCUCGGACGGCUGAUGGCCAGUAGUGAAGUGAAGUUUUAGGCCUUGUGAAGUGGGGGCUGAGGCUACAGUGAAGUGGUGCAGGGCAGUGCUGACAAGUGUUGUGCUCGGAUGGCUAAUGUACUGGAGUGAAGUGUGCAAGGAAAUGAGAAGAUUAAAAGCUCCGCUCUUGAAAUGCCAAGAUGAAAGGUCUGAGGCCAUGUCGGGCUCGCAAGGGGAAAAGAUGACGGUUUUCCCCUGAAUGUUAACGAUACAGAAUGUAUUGAGUUUUGAAAACUCUGAAAAGUAAUUCUGAGUGCAUAAUAAUGAAUUCAAAUGGAACUUCCAAUUGGCAUUUGAGAGGAAUAAUUUCAUGGUGAGAAUUGACCUGGAGUCACCAUUUUGGGUUGGGUUUUGAAAGAAUUUUAGAAUAAAAUGGUAAAAAACAAGAGCAUGGUAAUAUGAACAGAAGAACUCGAAAACAACUCAAAAAUUUCGAAAUACAAAGAGCAGGAAAUGCACUUAGAAAAUCUGAUUACAGAUCUGAAUAAAAAAAUAGAUAGAUAAUUAACUAUACACAGUACAAUUUUAAUAGGAAUAAUUUGAAUAUAUGGACACAGAACAUACAGUAUUGAAUAAAUGUAAAUCUAUUAAAAAAAAUCUGAUAUAAGUCUAUGCGACUUAAGUUUCAUUUUUAACUUUAUUGUUACAUUAUUCGAAAGACUAUUUCUAGUGUUAAAAUAUCUAUUCAGAUAAAUGAGUGGAAAGGUGAAAAAGCGUUGACUCAGUGUAUUUCCAUAAACACUUUGUAGUGGUAACACUGAAGGUUGUGUGACUCGAACUAGCAACACAGUGAAUUGGUGUUGCCGCUGUGGACAAUUUUAAUGUUUUUAGCAUUUACCCGAGCUGAUUCGCCAUGGUUCGGUAUCACAUAUUGUUGUGCCAUAUAAUAUGUACCUACAUAUAUUUUUAUUCCGUUCUCAAUUUUCUGUCUUCCAUUCAAUUUAGCCUCUAUUUGUCAAUGAUCUGUUUGAUAAACUCGUUAAACCUCGUUUACGUACAAAUAUGUGUUGAUUUUGCACAAAUGUGUAUUGAUUCUGUACAGAAAUGUAUGGAUAGAUGUACAAUAAAUGUAUUUGUUCUAUACAAAACUGUAUUGUUUCUAUACAAAUUCUGUACAAAAUCGUUUUGUUUCUAUACAAGUAUAAUUGUUACGUAUUUGUCAGGUAGUGGGGUGAAACCCUGAGAGUUACUAUAUAUUAAUAUUCUAUAUUUAUCGUUUGGUAUUAACUCGACAUAAUAUACAAAUGUUAACAUAUCUUGUUGUUAUCAACCUUUGAUGCUUCUUGUAAUGUCUUAAUUAAAUGAUCAGCAAAGAACAAAUUGUUUAAAAAAAGUAAGGCUAUUUAUUUGGUACAGUGAACCACAUAAAAGAAUACCAUAUGAGUAGGUAUCAUAGGUACUUUAAUGAAAUGGUUUACUUUUGUUUGUUGUUCACUGUACAAUUUUUUUUAGAUAAGUUUAUUUAAAAUACGGGUAACAUAACCUAGAUACGGUUUUCGUGUUUUUUUUUUAAAUAAUCUCAUUUGCUAUUUUCUUCUAUUUAAUGUUUAAUAAGUAUAUCUUCCGAAAUGCCAAAAGAGUUUGGAAUAAACCUAUUUUUUUUAACUCUGUUGGUAUUUUCGGAAUGUUAUAAUAGUAAUGUCACUUAAAACAAUCGUAAUAUUUAUUAUAGUGUUAAUAAUAUAGUUGACAUUAAUCAGUUAAAGUUUUUAACAUUAUAUGAAUGUUCAUGUGGUAAAUUUUACAUAUUUCGUGAUAGGGAUUAGUGUAUUGAGAAUAAAAAAUUAAUUAAUCACACAUUUUUCACCAUUUGUUUAAAACUUAAUUCGUCUAGUCUCGUUAAGAUUAAUUCUUUCGAUUCAUUCACCUAUUCUUUUAAAUCAUUCUGUUUAAAAAAAAAAGAAUAAAAACGACCAAAAUGUUUUUGUAUAUUUAUAAAUAAGAAAAUUAUCGCGGGGAAGGUUCAAGGCGCCUGAACAAGUGGUUUUUCAUUUUCAAAAUAUCUAUGCAACAACUGUAUUGUAUAUUUGAAAUGGGGAUAAAAAAAAAUAUAAAAUUUGAAAAAUUCGCCACUUAUCAUGGGCUCAAUUGUGGGAAUUUAUGAUAAUUUUGUAUUUUAAGGUAACAAAUGUGAUAUAAUCAGGCAUUGUAUCGCAUUUGCAAGAAUGUCAGGAUCGAAAAACAUUAAAUAAAUAGUAAAUAAUAAACUAUUAUAAUGAAAGAUUACCGUUUCGCCGCUACGCUACUUUCCUUGCACGUAUUCCGCAUUAAUUUUUUAACUUGUAAUUAAGUAAAUGUAUUAAAUGUUUAAUUAUAUAUAAGAGCUGUAUUUUACCUGUUUUUUAAAUAUUAAUCUUAAUAACAAUCAGUUUAAAUCCAAAAUUAAGUUCCGUAAUAUAUAGUUAUAUAAAGAGACUUUAACAUUUACUGUAGUGAAUUUAAUUCUACAAGUAAACUUAGUCAGUGUUUAGUGGCUCGACUAAGGAGACAUCACAAUUUAAUUAUAAAACCAAAGUUUAUGUAAACUGGAUCUUGCUCGCGCGAGGGACAAUCAAAUGGUUGUUUAAAAAUGAAAAUAAAUGUAUUGAAAUAUGAAAUAAAUAAUCGUGGAAAUUUGUCGUGUGUUCUUUUGAAGCUUUUUUGAAACUAAGCAACUUGGCACAUUCUUUUUAAGGGAUAUAUAGGUACACAAAUAAAAGUUAGUCGUAAGAAUUA